CUUUAAAUCCAUCUAGUUAGUUAUCUUUCCUGAUAUAUUUUAAUUUGUUCUUUGAUGUUAUAGGUUAGUGAGUAACAGGGGUUUGUUUUUAUAUUGUUCUAAUGUCUCCUAUUGAAUUUUCUCAAGGUCUUCAGCAUGAAGUUAAAGUCUGGGAUCGGUUCAUACGAAAUCGUGAGACAGUUCAACACCGAUUCAUAGAUUCCCCAAAAAGUGACGAGAAAGUUUGUGAUGAUGCCAUAAUACACCAGGAACCUUACUGGAAGUCUAAGGAGCUCUACAAGCAGCUGCUGGCGUCCUCGCUCUCCCUCCACUGUCGACCCGACAGCUGGUCCGCACAAUGGCCAGUCAAGUCUCGUUGUAAGCCUCACCUCCUUUCCCCAAACAUUGUCUUGGACUUGCCCAAUAUGCGUCAAAAUGUCUAUGGGUGCAACAUAGUGGACUGGAGUGUGACUGGGUAUCUGACAGUGUCGUUUCCAAGAAGUGUGUACCUUUGGCAGGCUUCAAACAACCAGACACUCAAGAUAGACUACAAGGAUACCUGCUGUGUUAAAUGGAAUGUGGACGGAACUGGACUGUUUAUGGCGUCUAGAUGUGGCGCUUUCAAGUAUUCAGAUAUGAACAUUAAUGAGGAAUUAACUACAAAAAGAUCCGCACCCUGUCAUCUCAGCUGUUUCAUAUCUUGCUGUGCCUUCCAUCCUAGAAGUCCCAUCAUGUACAUGGGCUGUUGCUUGGGUUCAGUGACUGCCCACUAUGUCAACAAAGGUCUUCACAUGUUUCUCCAGAUUGUGGCAAUGCAUAAAGAGGAAUCCAUUGUUAGUCUCGGGGCCUCCCCCGAUGGAACAUACUUAGCUGUUACCCACAUGUCAAACGAGAUAGCCAUAUAUGAGACUACAAAGUAUAAUUGUCUGUUCAACAUUGUUAUGAUGGGUCCUUCUAGGGGUGUUGCUUGGCAUCCGUGGAAGAAACACUUGCUAGUUGUUGCUGAUUGUCUCGGUUAUAUGGCUUUGUACAAUGUCUUGGAUCCUCUCAAUCCCCUGGCUACUUACGAAUCUGCAUACGACUGCUCCAUUCUUAACAUCACCUUCAACCCUAUAUCCGCAGAACUUGUGGUCAGUCAAAACGUCUACAAUGAUGGAACAGGUAGCCCUUAUUCCCAGCUCUCAGUUCUUGCUUCCUUCGACAGAGUUGUGGACAGAAUGGACGGCCAUGAAGGUCCAGUCCAAUUCCUCAACUGGAGUCCUGAUGGUACGCAACUUGCUACUUCAGGAAGUGACGAGACAGCUAGGAUCUGGGACUUUCUCCCUCAAAAUUUCAAACAAAGGACAAAGAAGUCCAGCAAAAUAAACUCAAUUUCUGCUUCUCUAGAAAUAGGAAAACGCAUGGGAUUGUCUAUUAGAUAAGCUACAAGUCUUUUGACUUUAAACUACAAUUUAACCUAAGCAAACACUCUAAGAGUUUUACAUCACAAUGGUAUGGUUGCAUAGUUACCUUCUAAGAAUUAUAUCCAUAAGUAUAGUAAGUAAUUUCUCAAACCCCUUAAAAUCUUUAAGGAUAUUUGAAUUUUUCAAUCAAUUAAAUGCAUUGUGUCAAAAGCUUUAAAAAAGGUUAUACUUAAAUAAAUUACUAAUUUCAAUUGGUCAAAAAUAUUCGGUACUUUCUGGUAGGCCUACUCAAGAAUCAAAUGGUCUAGUUAAUUGAAACUUAUUUCACAUGCAAAUAGCCAUAUCAUUCAUUAACUGAAAAAUAUAUUUUUUCUAGUCAGUGUUAAGAAUUUGGAUUUUAGUUUAAAGAUAUAUGUUUACUUUAGUAACUCUCUAUGUUUGUUGUUAUUUUUAAAAUAUUUUUUUAUUUCAAACAAAUUGCUUCAUGUCAUGAGCAUG